GCGCGGCGGUCACACUGGUUAAAAAAGCUUAAAAAAAACACUUGGCAAAAUUCAGAUAAUAAACAAAAUCAAAAAUAGUUGAAUUUCGAAAAAUAUGGAAUACGAAAGUGUGCUGAUCGUGAAGCCGGAGGUGUUUAUCUACAAAAUACCGCCGCGCGCGAGCAAUCGAGGCUAUAGGGCGGCAGACUGGAAUCUAAAGGAGCCAACAUGGACGGGCAGAAUGCGAUUGGUGGCCAAGGGCACCGCCGUCGUCCUGAAACUGGAGGACAAGACCAGUGGCGCCCUGUUCGCCAACUGCCCCAUCGACACAUAUCCCGGCGUGGCCAUCGAGGCGGUAUCGGACAGCUCGCGGUACUUCGUCAUUCGGGUACAGGACGACAAUGGAAGAUCGGCGUUCCUUGGCCUGGGAUUCGGGGAUCGGUCGGACUCGUUCGAUCUAAAUGUGGCGCUGCAGGAUCACUUUAAGUGGGUGAAGAACCAGGAGCAGAUCGAAAAGGAGAAAACGGAGCCCAAGCAGGAGCUGGAUCUGGGAUUUAAGGAGGGCGAGACCAUCAAGAUCAACAUGAGGAUAACGAAAAAGGAUGGCUCCGAGGGACCCUCGCGCACUGGCAAGAACAAGGGCUCCUCGGGCGUUCUGCCACCGCCGCCUGGUGGCCUCGGCAAGAUCGCUCCACCACCGGCCGCCGCCGCAGCCACGACGGUACGGCAAAGUCCCGGCGUCUCGCCCGCCCACAGACCCGCCGCUGGAGGAUCCGAAUGGACCGACUACGCAUCCGCUGGUGGCAACCAAGGACAACAGAACUCGGCCAACGCCAACUGGGUGCAGUUCUAGAUAGACAUCCUCCUGUUCCUGCUGCUGCUGCGCUUCUACCCCCCAAACUUUAUGUUUUAAGAUUCUACAGAUGUUUUUUUUUAUUUACCUCUUUCAAGCAAGUUAUUCGAAUUAUUUUCGUUUUGAAUACGACCAAAAGAUUGAACAGAACAUUCAGCAAAGGCGUCACGCGUUAAGGUUAAAGUUUUUUAAUUAAAUUGAAAUUUUGUAUUAGUUUCCCCGCCCACCACUCGUCCUCUUUUUGCCUCUCGCUCUAAUUCGAGGUGAAAGGUGAAAGCGGGCCGAGUUCUCAGUGAGUGGGGAUUUGUAGCAAACUAUUUAGCCUGGUUGUUAAUUGUAUAAAUGAAGAUAACAAUAAUUUGUAUGGAAAUUAUUCUAAAAUGUAAUUUGUUAACGUCGAGAUAAUGCAACUAAAAAUGCAAAUUAAGUUUAAAUCAUGUUAUACACGAACACGAACACUGCAAACACUAAACUAAAGUGAAAUAUUCAAAGUUUGAGUACUUACACACAGCAUACACACACGUGAAAGGACAUUCCGCAGAUGAGAGAUAGGACGCAUUACAUACCAAUCUAAUUUAUUGUUAACUCUACUCCAAAUUCUCCCUGAUCAACUUGUUUUACACCUACCUUUUAUGGAAUAAAACCAAUUAUACAGAUCUAUCAUCCUGUUGCCGUUUUUGACUUCAAUCAAAUUGUGUGAAAUUGAAAUUAAUUUAAUAGAAUUCAGAAAGUUAAAAACGUUUUGCCAUGGAUUGAUAUUUGUUAUCCGAUUACUAUGUUAAUGCGCACGCCUCAUUUGGAAAUAAAAUGAUUCAAUGGUUAAAGAAAGCAACUCCAAAACAGCCACAAUUGACUAUCGAUAAUCAAAAGUCGAUAAUAUCGAUAAUGAUAAUGUUUUCAAAUUUCAUUUAAUUCGAUUUCACAAAAUUUGAAAGAAACGCAAUCGAGAACAAGGCAAUAUUUAUACAUUUUUUUUUGUUGUUUAAAAGUGGCACACACAUGCAUAGCAAUUAAGUAAAUCAAAUGAAUUAUAUAUAAUAUACAAUAUGAAGAAAUAUCCAUAUGUAUUUAAUAAACCACAUUAUUGUAUAGAAGGAAA